UUGGUGUUUGCCGACAAAACACACUUCAAUUGCAUAACCUUAUGCCGGCCAUAUACAUGGGCACCACAUGGGGGUUAUGCUCACCGAAGGGACUUUUUGGUCCGUGGAAAAAGAUACUCAAUAUUACUGGUGAUUGCCUUGGAUGGUGUCAUCCACCUUGAAGUCCUUGACCGUCCAUUUACAGGUGAUGCUUUCUUGGAAUUCAUUGAAGGAACACUCGGCCAAAUACAAGAUCCCUGGAAUCUCAGAACUUGUGGAAGAGCGGUAAGCAUAUUUUGCUUAAAUUUGUUCCUUACUGACAUGUUAUGUACCAGGGGAAUGCAUCUAUUGUAUCUGCUGUCCUAUUCACCAGACCUCAACCCCAUUGAAGAAGCAUUUUUGCAGUCAAGGCCUAGCUGUGGAAUAAUUGUGACUACGUACUUGGGGAAACCAAAGGCCCCUUGUGCGACCCAUAUGCUUUAA